GGUUCUCUUAAGAAAACGAAACCAAACACAACUCUCAAAUCUCAAUCUCAAUCUCAAUCUCCAUCUCUCACUUUUUCUCUUUCACAACCCUUUGUGCUUCUCUUUUACAGAUUUGUUCUAUUGUUUCAUAUAUAACACACGUAAAUAAUUUGUUUUUUUUCUUUUUGCAUGGUAAUAAAAGGAUUUUAUUUUUUGCAUGAUUGAAUACAUUAAAUAACAAGAAUAUUAGAUAUGGGAAUGAGAUUAGACGAAGAAUUUGGAGCAGAUAGGGUGUUACAAAUUGAAACAGACGAUGAAGAGAAUGAGGCUGAUGAUUACAAGAUUGAAGACGAUGAUGAUAGUGGAUCUGAUUCUACCCUUCACUCUCCAGUACAUGAGCCAUCUCAUAGCCAAAUUGGACCUCAUGAUUCUCCUACUUGGCCUCAAAGUUAUCGGCAGUCAAUGAACAUGUUCACAGGUGUGACCCCUCCUUCACUCAGCUUUUUAAGGGGUAGCUCCUUCUUGAGGUCUCAGACUACUCCAACACCUCAACCUUCAAUUUGUAAACCUCUAAUUUCCUCUCCGCGCUCAAACAAGGAAGAAGUUCCAACCUUAACACAUCCAACAAGGUUAUCUGUAGUCUCUUCUGCAAGAUUUUCAGCACUUGAAUUGCCACCAUCACAGCAGUGUUCCUAUACUCAAUCAGUGCUAAAUGCGAUAAAUGCUCUCUGUGGCAUAGGAAUACUUUCGACUCCCUAUGCACUCAAAGAAGGAGGAUGGUGUAGCCUUUUCCUGCUGCUACUUUUUGGAAUCAUUACUUUCUACACUGGAAUUUUGUUAAAAAAAUGUUUAGACAGUUCUCCUGGUAUUGAAACCUAUCCUGAUAUCGGACAAGCUGCUUUUGGAAUGCUAGGUCGAAUAUUUAUAGCUGUAGCCUUAUACGCCGAACUAUAUUCCUCUUGCAUCGAGUAUUUGAUUAUGAUGAGUGACAAUCUUGGUGCAAUAUUCCCAAGUGCUCGCAUGGUCUUUGCUGGAAUUCAUCUGGAUUCUUAUCAAAUGUGUGCUAUCAUUUCUACCCUUGUCAUACUUCCAACAGUUUGGCUAAGAAACCUCAGUUUGCUGUCAUACAUUUCAGCUGGUGGAGUGGUCGCACUGAUUGUCGUGGUGCUUUGCUUGUUAUGGGUUGGCGCGAUCAAUGAAGUUGGAUUUCACUCAGGUGGAACAGCUUUAAACAUUGCAAAAUUACCCGUCACAAUUGGUCUAUACAGUUUUUGCUAUGGCAGCCAUUCAGUUUUCCCGAAUAUCUACUCAUCAAUGAAAGAACCUUCAAGAUUUCCUUCUGUUCUUCUUAUAAGCUUUUCCAUCGCCUUCUUUUCGUACUUUGGAGUAGCAGUUUGUGGCUUCCUUAUGUUUGGUGAAAACACCAGUCCGCAGUUCACAUUGAAUUUGCCAGCAAAACUUGUUACUUCAAAAGUUGCAGCCUGGACAGUGGUUUUAACCCCUGUAACAAAAUAUGCCAUAACAAUUACACCAGUCGCGUUUGGUAUUGAAGAAUUCUUACCUUCACCUCAGCUUAGAACUUAUGGUGUAUCGAUCCUCAUAAGAACAAUUCUGGUGUUUUCAACUUUGGUCAUUUCACUAACAGUUCCAUAUUUUGGUUCUGUAAUGUCAUUGAUUGGAUCUUCACUAGUAAUGCUUGUGUCUCUGAUCCUUCCUUGUGCAUGCUACAUUAAACUAAGCAAGGAUGGAAUCACACGAUUUCAGCUUGCAGCUUGCACUUCCAUUAUAAUGGUGGGAGUAGUUUCUGCUGUUAUUGGCACAUAUUCUGCAGUCACAAGCAUGGCCAACUAGUUCCAAGACCUAAUGGACAGAAACCACAAUCUUACUUCCAUUAUCAAAAGUUUCUUGUACACUAUGCACAGUAGCAUCGGUCAAAAAGCAUAGACCAAAUAUCAAAGUUGGAGAGGCUGUAAGGAAACAGAAAAGGGCAAGUUACACAUUUGACAGGCUGGCCAAAAUAAUUGCAUCGGCUAGCAAAUAUACAAGUAAUUUUUCCAAUAUACCAAAAAUAUAUUGGGAAUAUACAAAAAAGAUACAUUUUGUCGGCUAUUAUUUUUUAGAACGGCUACGUUAUAUAGUUUUCCCAAUUGAGAAAACCAGAGAAUCCCUCGAGUGAUGAUGAAAUAGAAGUUGUAAUUAACAGGACAUUAGAUCUUGAUUUGGCCCUUUGAGCCCCUUCUGUUGUAUCUAAUCAUUGUAAGUUCAGCUCCAUCACAUUGUUAAUUACCUCAUGAUUUAGCAGUUAAUUAAUCAAGCAAAGAUUUAUCUUC